AGGAUAAGGGGAAGAGGCUGAAACUUGCCCGUUUGCAACUAAACUUUCCAGAAAGGAACAAGGCAGGCAACUCCAGUGGUUGAACGCGUUUCCCCAGUUCUCGCUUUCUUUACUUCGGAAAACUUCGAGAAGCGUACAGGGAGAAAAGUUACAUCCCUUACGAAGGGCAGAAGGCAAUCAAGGGGUUUGCAUCUUUUGUUUUCGGAGCUCUGUUUCAAGAGCCGUGGAGCAGAGCAGCGGGAGAGAACCGCACGUGGAGAAGGCGGCAAGAUGACCGUCCGCUGGUGCAAGCGGGGCUGAAGACUCAUCCCAAAGGGUGAGCGUCUUGUGGGCCGGCCGGAGAGGGAGCGUCUUCAAUGAACUUCGCUCUGUCUGCCUCUGUGUCUCUGCGGGCGGCGGCGGCGGCGUCUCGCAGGGCUCCUUCCGAUGUCCCAGGUGCGAAGCGACCUCCCGAGCCGUUCCACUGACUCGCCCGAUGGAGACCCCCAAGGGGAUUCGAUGCUCAUCCCAGCUCCCAGUACAGGCCAAGAUACAAACUCAUGCCCUUCCUCCAGGCCAACUUCAGAGGUAGCAUCAGCAGCUUCAGACUUCAUAACCUCUACUCCUAGUUCUCAAAAUCAGACCACAGUUGUGAAAGAAGUCUCACUGGAAGAAUAUUCAACAUCUCCUAGAUCCCUGAUGAAUGGAAAUUCUUCCUCCAACACAGAAUCCAAGGGCAGCCUCAUCGUAACAGAAGCAGUGACGUGUCAGCCUCAAAGCCGAGUCACUGUCCAGAUUCCUUCAGACUUGACUUGUGUCCCAUUACUACAAAAUGGUGCUGGAUAUAUAUCAGAUGACCUCAGCAAUUCUAAAGGAGAGGCUGGCAAUGGGAUUUUAUACUCCGAACUUAGAUCACUGUCAAGUUCCCAGAAGCCUCAUCGGAAACUGCAGUCGCAUCACUCCAUCAACAGUCAUAUCAGCAAAAAAAGCAAGAGCAGCUCCAAAUCAGCAUCCUCUCAGAUCCCUACUGAAGCACAGGAAGACUGCUGCGUCCACUGUAUUCUCUCCUGCCUCUUCUGUGAGUUCCUGACCCUCUGCAACAUCAUGCUGGACUGUGCCACUUGUGGCUCCUGCAGCUCUGAGGAUUCUUGCAUCUGUUGCUGCUGCUGUGGCUCUGGGGAAUGUGCUGAUUGUGACCUGCCCUGUGACAUGGAUUGUGGCAUCAUUGAUGCCUGCUGUGAGUCAGCUGAUUGCCUGGAGAUCUGCAUGGAGUGCUGUGGCCUUUGUUUUUCUUCCUGAAAUCAAAUCUUGAACAGGAGCUCCGAAUGGGAUCCUUGGGGAAAACUGUGCUAAUUAAGUCUUUAUUGUUCUUCUUUAGUUAUCAGAUGGCAGAGGUUUGAGAAGUUCCCAGUUUGAAUCCAGAGACCAGAAUAGAAGAGUUGACAGAGUUAAUUCUAUUGGAUACAUUUCUGGGCUCAGAAACUGUUUAGAAGAUGUGGUUGCUUUUUUCCCAGACUGCAACGAAACGUUUGAAGAAGUAGCGGUAUAUCUCCAUGUAGUCGUUGUCUUUAUUCUUUCUCUUUGCCCUCACAUCAGAACUUUCCACAUGGAGGAUGGGGAAUAGCAGUGUUCCUGCUGCCUGAGCCAAAUAUCAUAGAAGAAUAGUUGCAUGGCUAGCUAUGCCGGUUGGUUGAGAUCUGAAGCAAUUACACAAAUCCAAAGAUCACAGCAGACAUGCCCAGGCUAUGUUUAGUGUGACAGCAAGUUGUUCCCCCUACUGGUCCAGCUGCAGGGGUUGUUUUAACUCUGGCAGUUACUGCUGCCUUAUCUGAUGCCCACUAGUUGGUAACUGUGCUGCCUCCUGGGCAUGCAAAGCAAUGGCAGCUCACCUAAUGUUUUCAUGCAAUUGUUCUGGGUUUAUCCCUAGCACACCAGUUAAAUUCAUCCAGUAACAAGAUUCAGAGAACAGACCUUAAUUCAUCCUUAUUAGUGUGGAUCCACUUGGUACCUGUCAGCAGUAAGGAGCUGAUCUUUCCUGUGAAUUCAGGGACGGGACCAUAUCUCAUUCCUGCUGCUUCAUCUUCCAUUUGUCCAUGUCAGUGUUGGGAUUGUAUCAUUCCAUGUGACCAGAACAUGUCGCUCUUCAUUUUCAAUGCACAAAGUCAAGGGCCUUUUUUUACCACCACUGGCAUCUGUCAAGAAAAAGCUUUUGAACAGAUUUUGGUUUAAAAGAAGACAAGGGAAACUGCUGUCCUUUGCUUUUUCCCACAGCAGGAAAACACUAAACCCAACUCAAAGAUACCGGAUAUGAGUCACUUACUAUUAGAAAAAAAAUUCAUAUACUCUUAAAAAGAACAUUGACAACACUGACAUCCAGUAUCUUGGGGAGAGUGGAUGAGACAGUUUGUAGCAUGUAAGGGCAGUCCUCUGCCUCUUUGUAGUAUGGGAAAAGUUUAAUGUUAUGUGUUUUUGUUACUGUAAAUAAAAAUAUUUUUCACUUUUGACUCUUAAAA